CUUCCCUUGUCUCCAAUGAAUGGUAGCCACAGCAGGCUCAGCAAGAAGGGAGACGGAGGCCUCGAGGCGGAGACAGACAAUGUGCCAGCGGAACUCCGAGAGCCGUUUUACACGGACCAGUACGACCAGGAGCACAUCAAGCCGCCCGUGGUUAACUUGCUCCUGUCGGCUGAACUGUACUGUCGGGCUGGGAGCCUCAUUCUCAAGAGCGACGCUGCAAAGCCCCUCCUGGGCCAUGACGCCGUGAUCCAGGCCUUGGCACAGAAAGGCCUCUAUGUCACCGACCAGGAAAAGCUGGUGACGGAGCGAGACCUCCACCAGAAGCCCAUCCAGAUGAGCGCUCACUUGGCCAUGGUAGACGCCCUCAUGAUGGCCUACGCCGUAGAAAUGGUCAGUGUGGAGAAAGUCGUUGCGUGUGCUCAGCAGUAUUCAGCGUUCUUCCAAGCCACGGACCUGCCCUAUGACAUUGAGGACGCAGUCAUGUACUGGAUAAAUAAGGUCAAUGAACAUUUGAAAGACAUACUGGAGCAAGAACAGAAAUUGAAAGAACAUCACACGAUUGACACUCCAGGAGGUCAAAAGUCUCCUUCCAAAUGGUUUUGGAAACUGGUUCCAGCUCGUUAUAGGAAAGAGCAGACACUGCUUAAGCAGCUGCCGUGCAUCCCGGUGGUGGAGAACCUGCUGAAAGAUGCCACAGACGGCUGUGCUUUAGCUGCCCUCAUCCACUUUUACUGUCCUGGGGUUGUCAGGUUAGAGGAUAUUUGUUUGAAAGAAACCAUGUCUUUGGCUGACAGCCUGUAUAACCUGCAGCUGAUUCAAGAAUUUUGCCAAGAAUAUCUGAACCAGUGUUGCCAUUUUACCCUGGAAGAUAUGCUGUAUGCUUCCUCGUCCAUAAAGAGUAAUUAUCUGGUGUUCAUGGCGGAGCUCUUCUGGUGGUUUGAAGUUGUGAAGCCGUCAUUUGUGCAGCCUCGUGUUGUUUGUCCACAAGGAGCUGAACCUGUGAACGACCUGCCUUCAGCUACCGCUGCGAUCGCUGCUGGAAGGAACACGUGGGACAGUCGCUAUGGCCCUGACUUCCCUGCAAGUGGUGAAGGAGCUGUUUUUCCACACUCUGCUCGACACUCACGCCCCCAAGCCCAUUCGUCAGCCUCAGGAGGAAUUAGAAGGUCUUCGUCUAUGUCUUACGUUGAUGGCUUUAUAGGGACGUGGCCCAAAGAGAAAAGGUCAUCAGUGCAUGGAGUUUCAUUUGAUAUUUCUUUUGAUAAAGAAAAUACUGUACAGAGAGCCACUCCAAACCGAGGAAUCACUCGUUCUAUUAGUAAUGAAGGACUUUCUGUGAACAACAAUCGUGCAUCUAAAAACAUUAGGAAAAACCUGUCCUUCAAGCCCGUAAACGGAGAAGAGGAAGCAGAAAGUAUUGAAGAAGAACUCAACAUCGACUCUGCCAGCGACCUCCAGUCUUACGUGCCCCUUCAUGCGGAUAAACUAAAUUCUAAUGAGAACGUUCUUUACGAGCUUCCAAAUGGGCCUUUACAGAACAGAGUCCUUCUGGAUGAGUUUGGCAAUCAGAUCGAGACGCCGAGCAUUGAAGAGGCAUUGCAGAUCAUUCACGACACCGACAAGUCCCCCCACACACCUCAGCUGGACCAAGUUGCCAACGGCUUCUUUCUUCACAGCCAGGAAGUAAGUAUCCUGAACUCCAGCGUCAAGCGGCGCCAGGCUAGUCCUGAGGACAUGACUGACACGAGAGGCGCCCUGAGCCCCAUAACUGACACCACCGAGGUGGACACUGGAAUUCACGUCCCUUCAGAAGACAUUCCCGAGACCCUGGACGAAGACUCUUCCCUGAGAGAUUACACUGUGAGCCUGGACUCGGACAUGGACGACGCGUCCCGGUUCCUCCAGGAGCACGAGCGGCGGGGCAGCAACGCCAGGGAAGCCCUGAGUCCGUGCCCGAGCACCGUGAGCACCAGGUCGCAGCCCGGCAGCAGCGCGUCUUCCAGCUCCGGGGUGAAAAUGACCAGCUUUGCGGAACAGAAAUUCCGGAAACUGAACCAUACUGAUGGCAAAAGCAGUGGAAGCAGCUCCCAGAAAACGACCCCCGAGGGCUCGGAGCUGAACAUCCCGCACGUGGUGGCGUGGGCGCACAUCCCGGAGGAGGCCAGCCUUCCGCAGGCCCGGGACACCACGCAGCUGCUGGCCUCCGAGAUGGUGCAGCUGCGGAUGAAGCUGGAGGAGAAGAGGCGCGCCAUCGAGGCCCAGAAGAAGAAGGUGGAGGCCGCCUUCACCAAGCAGAGGCAGAAGAUGGGGCGGACAGCCUUCCUCACUGUGGUGAAAAAGAAGGGGGAUGGGAUCUCCCCGCUGCGGGAGGAGGCAGCGGGGGCAGAGGACGAGAAGGUGUACAGCGACCGGGCCGAGGACAAGGAGGCGGACAGAGCGAGCGGGCGGAGGAGCAGGUCUCUGGUGGACAUAAAGGAAAGCACCGACAGCCCCCCGGGCAAGUGGCGGAAGUCGCCAGCCACACCUGUGGACCCCGAGAAGCAGUGGAGCCUGCCGAGCCCCUCAGAAGAGACGGCAAACGAAGGGGAGAUUCUGGAGUACAUCAAGUCCAUCGAGAAGCUCAACUCGUCUCUGCAUUUCCUGCAGCAGGAGAUGCAACGCCUGUCUCUGCAGCAGGAGAUGCUCAUGCAGAUGAGGGAGCGACAGUCGUGGGUGAUCUCCCCACCCCAGCCCUCCCCCCAGAAACACGUCCGGGACCUUAAGCCCCCCAGGCAGGCCUGCCUGUCACCUGCCAGCGCCCCAUUCUCCUCAGACUCCCCUCGUCCUACGCAUCCAUCCCCACAGGCUUCUGCGAGGAAAAGCACAUCUUUCUCGGUCAAAAACCAAAGGACUCCUCGGCCAAAUGAGUUAAAAAUAACGCCCUUGAAUCGAACGUUGACGCCGCCUCGGUCUGUGGACAGCCUUCCUCGGCUACGGAGGUUUUCACCGAGUCAGGUUCCCAUCCAGACGCGGUCAUUUGUGUGUUUUGGGGACGAUGGAGAACCUCAGGGAAAGGAGUCCAAACCCAAGGAGGACGUCAGGAGGGAGGACGACGCCAGGCCGGCCUCGGAGCAGCACGCGCAGAGCCCGGAAGCGAAGGAGAUGAGGCCACUGGAGGCGAGCGUGGCGGAGGUCCUGUCCCAGCCCGUCACCGAGACCGUGUGUCUCACGCCCGGUGAGGACCAGCUGGGCCCAGGCGCAGAGCCUCCCGCUCGGCCCGCUUUCCCGCCUGCCGCUCCGAAAAGCGUGAACCUGAUUGAAGUUUCCCUCUCAGACUUGAAACCCCCCGAAAAGGCCCAUGGGUCUGUGGAGAAAGAUGACGGGGAAAGUGACAAAGAGCAGUUUGACGACGACCAGAAGGUGUGCUGUGGAUUCUUUUUCAAGGAUGAUCAAAAAGCAGAAAAUGACAUGGCAAUGAAGCGGGCGGCUUUGCUGGAGAAGCGGCUGAGGAGGGAGAGAGAGAGCCAACUCCGCAAACAGCAGCUGGAAGCGGAGACGGAGCAUAAAAAGGAGGAGACCAGGCGCAAAACCGAGGAAGAACGUCAGAAGAAAGAAGAUGAGAAGGCACGGAGGGAGUUUAUUAGGCAAGAAUAUAUGAGGCGCAAACAGCUGAAGCUAAUGGAAGACAUGGAUAUAGUGAUUAAACCCCGUCCUCAGACAGCAAAACAGAAAAAACCGCGCCCAAAAUCUAUUCACAGAGAUCACAUUGAAUCCCCAAAAACACCCAUUAAGGGCCCUCCAGGGUCACGAAUUUAUCGUGUUUUUUCAGUCUCCAGCCUCUCCCUGGCAUCACUGACCACGGGCGAUAACGAGAGCGUGCUGUCAGGCAAGAGGACACCCAGAUCAGAGUCUGUGGAAGCUUUCCUAUCUCCAAGCCGUUGUGGCAGUCGGAAUGGAGAGAAAGACUGGGAAAACGCAUCGACGACGUCUUCAGUGGCGUCUGGAACAGAGUACACAGGACCAAAGCUCUACAAAGAACCCAGCGCAAAAUCUAAUAAGCACAUAAUACAAAACGCUUUAGCUCACUGCUGUUUGGCUGGAAAAGUAAAUGAAGGUCAAAAGAAAAAAAUACUGGAGGAAAUGGAGAAGUCAGAUGCCAACAACUUCUUAAUCUUGUUCCGGGAUUCAGGCUGUCAGUUCAGGUCGUUGUAUACUUACUGUCCAGAAACUGAAGAGAUUAAUAAACUGACUGGGAUAGGCCCUAAAUCUAUCACGAAAAAAAUGAUCGAGGGGCUUUACAAAUACAAUUCUGACAGGAAGCAGUUCAGCCACAUACCCGCUAAAACACUGUCUGCCAGUGUCGAUGCGAUCACCAUCCACAGCCACCUGUGGCAGACCAAGCGACCAGUGACCCCCAAAAAGCUCCUGCCCACGAAAGCGUAGGAGCCAGGACGCACGUGCUGAACUGCGCUUCGUCUCUCCUGCCUGUAGAGAGCCUUUCUCGUUGCCGACAGACUUCUGUGCACUGAUAUGGAACACGAGCUCUGUCGUGAGCAGCCGGCAUGUAAACCAGAGUUCGGGGGCGCACAGGGUCCUCGCGGAGGCGGUGUUUGGCUCGCAGGCGGACACGCUGUCAUCGGGCUCCCUUGCUCGGUGCCAGACACACUGACACACUGAAUUCUCAGACACUAGGUGGAAAGAUGGCUAAGGUUACAAAGUCUAUGUUUUAUUUGUUGCUUUUUAAAAACUUUUAAUGUAUGUGCUUGUCUUCAGAUGAUUUAUUUUGACAUUUUUCUCUCCUUGGGGGUUUAUUUUAAAAUGACUUCAUAUUUUAUUCCACGUGGAGAUCAUGAGCGUAGGAAAUAGGCCUUCCCAGGGAACUCGCGUCUUUCUCAUGAUGCUGAGAGAAACGCUAGUGUUUAGUCUCACAGUCACCCUCCUGUUUUAAUGGUGUUAGAUAUGGGCAAGAAUUAUUCUGCUAAGUAUUUACAACCGUAUUUAUUAUUCACUCAAGUAUUAACAUUUCUCUAUUAAUGAGAGGAGUCGUGAAGAGCUGCUGGUAGGUUCGAUCCCCACCACAGGAGCUUAACCAAGAAUGUGUUAUGAGAAGUUGCUGAUUGAAUCAGUGUUGUUUUCACCCCACUUCUGGCCAACUCAGUAUAACUUAGAUUGUUCCUUUAGCAAAAAGGCUUUCUACCCCUUUUCAGAUGUCACUUUAUAAGUUGGCAGAAGUGAAUGACACUUUGAGAGUAGUCUUUUGACCUGAAGAUGUAAGACCUCCUGCAGCAAAUUCCCAAGGGUCUUUACAUCAUAUUUAUAACUGAUAAAAAUUAUAUCUAGAAUUUAAACUGUACAAAGGGCUAUAUUUUAAUUUUAUCAUAGCUUCACAUUAUUUUACUUAUAUUGAGUUUUUCUUCUUUUUUGCCCUUUUCAAGUGGAACAGCUUAGAUUAAGUGCACACUUGAAACCUUCUCUAUGUGACCUUUGUCCCUUUAACAGUGUAUCCAGAGGGUUAGUUGGGGAAAAACUUCAUUCUCAGGAAUAGACUUGAAUGAUUAUGUGACCCUGUUUCAGUGUUGUGACAACUGUGUAACUUAGGGGAACGACAGUAUUGUGUCAUAAGUGAGAUGCGUGGUUUGUUUUCUUUCGUGGGAAGUAGAGACUAAAAUAUAUGCAUUUCUCUAACUGAAUUGCUUAGAGAAAUAAUUAAUAUCUUAUAUGAUGUAUUUACUUAUUUUAAAAAAAGAAUAGGAAUGAGAUGUCCCUGAACUGUACUUUUCUAUUAUACGGCCUGUAGGCGUCAGUGCAUCUGAGUUACCAACAUUUUCUCAAAUGCUGUCAAUAUUUUACUGUAAUUUAUGUUCUUAUAUUUAUGUAUAUUUGUUAAAACUGUAAAAACUUUCACAGAUUUUUUUCCAAUACUUGUGCAAGAUAUACGUGUGGCUCAAAACUAUUUGUGAUCUACUGUUUGCAUGUCAGAGACCGGGAUAUGUAACUCUUAUAUUUUAAGUGUAUACAUAUUGUGUAUAUAAUAUAUGAAUAUUAAAAAUGGGGAAUUGCACAUCUUACCUUUUAGACAACAGUUUCUAUCACCAUUAGAAGGAAAUAAUUCAGAUAAUGUUUAGAUUAAGACUGGUUUACAAAAAUAGUAAAUGAAUCUAAUCAAAAUGUGAUAAAUAAUCCUCAAAAGGAGAAUUGGUAAGCAUUUUACAUUACUAAAUUUGUCCUUUUCUGCCAGAUUUCCCUCAUCCAAGCCACUUUCUUUAUGAUGUUACUUGGUCAUUCAAUUUUUAAAAAUUGGAUGCAAGACAAUGGAGGAAGUAUUGACACUAAACAGGACCACCCUUCGUUCUUACACGUACGUGUGUCCGACCGUGAAUGUCCGUGACGUCUAAGGGUAGAGUGUGGGUAUUGCCAGAGUCCAUUGCUCCCAGUAGGACAUUUGCUUUAUUAAUGCAGAAGGAGUAUGGAUAUGUUUCUUUAAUCUGCAGAUUUUUUUUAUUAUGGUGCAGCUUUUUAAAAAAUUAUGUUCUAAAAAUGUACAAAUGAAAAUGAUACCAUUUUAUCCAGGCUGGAUAUUUUCAUCAUCCUCAUUGAAACACUGGUGCUUUCUCAUCGGAGGUCAAAUUGUUACGGUGAUUAUUCAGUUAAGUUUGCCAAACCCUUGAAUGGUUACCAGUGCAGCCGUCAAAUUCUGCCAUUUGACACAGCUUCGGAAAGCUCUCAGUUCCUCUCAGCUUUUCGAUUUUGUUUUAGAAUGACUGUUACAGUGUUUAUUUGGCUGUUUAAAGCCAAACUCAGCUUUUUAACGAUGGCUUCAUGGACAGUGCUGGGCAGCACACACUGUGUGGUGUGCUCAUCUGCCACGUUUACAGGUUUCUAAGACGCUGUGCUGUAAAAUACCGUCAGGUUUGCUGUUUCCUGGUGGAGUGCAGUUUCCCCUUUCAUUUGAAUAAAAGCAUGGCACCAAAUGA